AUUCUUUUGUCAAAAUGGACUUGUGGGAGGAUGUGAAUGGAAUCAAAUUUGCAUUGACCCAUAAAAAUCUUCCAUGGCACUGCAACAAUAUAAAUAUGUCCUCCUUUACAAUUCCCAUAUAUACAAAAAUAAAAACCACGUUUAACUUCAAGGCUUCAUUCAAUAGCCAUAGUCAAAAGUUGUGUUUUUUUGAAAGAAAGAGAAUUAAGCAAUGGAAGGAUUGAUACCAUAUCUUAUUCAUGCAAUCAAGAAGCAGAAGCCUCAUCACCACAGCUUCACGAGGAGCUUCUCCCAUUCUGAGAGCACAAACCGUAGCUACCACUUGCUAUUGGAAUCUGGCUCCAUCACAGGAUCUUCUCACAGAAGAACAAGGUCUGAUUUUCAGCAACCCACAACUGAAUUCUUAGAGCACAGAUUUGGUGUUGAUGGAGUUUUGGUUAGCCCCAAAGGCAUCACUGCGACAGCUUCUACCACUUCCCAUGUUACUACUGUUUCUCAUGAUGCUACCCAACGACCCUCAAAGAAUAUCAACAGCAUUCGCAAUUACAAAUGAUAUAACAUCAUUGGGGAUAAGAGGAUGUUCAAAUUUCCUUGUUUUUUAAGAAACAAUAUUUGGAACUUUUAGAUUUUUUAUGUCUCUUCUCAGGUUUCAUUCAUUUGUUUAAGAUGAUGGGCAAAUCUCAUCUGCCAUUGUUGUGUAUAGUGUAUACUUUUGAUCUUGUAAUUUGUAAGCUUAUCUCUAGGGAAUUAACUGUAAUGAAUACAAACUUUUUAUUUAUGUGCUACAAUGAAGAUUAAGUUUAAAGAUUUGAAGUGAAACAAUUCUCUUUUCUUUUAA